AUGCAUCUUGCUGCUUCGGAAGUAACCUCUACAACGAAUCCCACUACUAUGGAUCUGCACUGUAGUAAUGGUAGUGGUGGUGGUGGUGGCAGCAGUGGCGUUAGCUCUGACGGAGGAGUAAACAAUUCAAGUGCAAGCCUACAGGAAAGUAACAAUAAACACCAACAGCUGACGGCGGAAAGUUUAGCUGAACGUACCAUCGAGGGAUUGUUGGCAGAUCAUCCGGGGGAGCUCGUUCGGACCGGUUCACCGCAUGUGGUUUGCACGGUGCUGCCGCAGCACUGGCGGUCGAACAAAACCUUACCGAUGGCCUUCAAGGUGGUGGCACUGGGGGACGUCGGCGAUGGCACCAUGGUGACGGUGAUGGCCGGCAACGACGAUAACUUCUGCGGCGAGCUGCGAAACAGUACUGCAAUCAUGAAAAACCAGGUGGCCAAAUUCAACGAUCUGCGUUUCGUCGGACGAAGUGGCAGGGGCAAAAGUUUCACACUGACGAUAGUGAUAUCCACGGUGCCGAUCCAGAUUGCGACGUACACAAAGGCGAUCAAAGUGACGGUGGACGGACCCCGGGAACCACGGUCCAAAAUUCGACACCAGGGCUUCCAUCCGUUCGCCUUCGGGCCGCAGCGGUUCGGGCCGGAUCCGCUGAUGGGAACGCUGCCAUUCAAGCUACCCGGAUUUCCCCAUCAAUUAGGCGGUAUGGCAGGCCAUUUACAUAUGGCCAACGAUUGGCGGCAGCUCAACGGUCGGACUGCGGCUGGAUUUCCAGGUUCGCAUUUUUUCCACCACCACGCUGCGGCGGCGGCGGCGGCUUCCAAUCCGGCCCAUUUCGCACCGCACAUGUUGGCCGCCAUCGAUCGGAUGGAGCAGCAGCACCAGCAACAUCGACAGCACCCGACGGCAGCGACUACGAUGGGCAUGCUCUCGGCAGUGGCAGCGGCGGCCUCGUCCACGGCAGCGAAUACCGUCGGCAUCUUCGGCAAGGGCAGCAUACCGGGCGGCAGCGCUGGCGGUGGAGGCGACGGUAAUAACAAUGGCGGCAGCUCUGCGAUAAACUCACCCCGGAUCAGCGAUUCCAACGAUCACCACGCAUCGCACGUCAAUUGCAAUCCACACAGUACAACCAGCCCGAAAAGUUCACCGAAUCCAACAAACGACAUCCAUCACACAAUUUCCUCCAACACGGAUGACGCGAAACCGUCGGCAGAUGGAGACUACGAUCGCGACGAGCUCGAUGAUGACAACGAUCAAAUCAGCGUUACGGGUAGCGACCUUGGCAGUGGCAGUCAGAACGAGCAGGACCGCCGAAGUCCACUGAUAGGAGGAGCCUUCACGUCACUGAUACAGAAGAACCAUGCUAAGUUAAAGACGGGCUUGGAACUGUUUCAAAAUGGCGCCUUCUCAGCGGCUCCCUACCCUGCCCAGAUACAGCAGCCUCAUCCGCUGAACCACGCACUGGCUGCGCAGCUGUUCUUCCAGAAUCCACUAAUACCUCAACCGAACCACUGGCUGUACAAUCAGCUGUAUGGAAACUACCAGGAACUGCCUUGGUUCCGGCAAUCACUUUUCGCGAAUAAAACGGAAACACCGAACAACGACAGCAAGGACGGUCUGGACUCACCGAAAGGAAGCGACGCCAUCAGCAAUAAGCGGUCCAUUAAGGUCGUUUGUAGCACGGGCGACGAGGGUGAGGAAAGUCCACCGCACAAAACGAUCGCCAUAGCUGAUGACGACGAUGAAGAUCGUCGAAAGAAUUCCCCUUCGGUGACAUCAACGAAACGGUCACCUAGCCCAGCGGAGGCGAUGUCUCCUCUGCUUUGUGAAGACACCGUUUCCGGUCUCACAGUUUUAGAGCGAAGCACAAAGUUGAAACGAUGCAUUUCAGGCUCGGACAGGGCCAGCCUGCAGCAACAGGUGAAGCAAAGCGAUCCAGCAUUUUACGCGGAAACGCGCUCGCAGCUUCCCGUCAAAGAGUGGUCCGGCAUCAUCACCCACCGGGUCGUCUUCCGCUCUGCCACGGUCCACACGCACAGCAGUAGCAGCAGCAGCAGCAGCAGCAGUACUGCAUCAACCGGUUGCCAUACUCCGGCCCAAAGUGCACACCGUGGCACACGCUUAGUCAAACGUAUCAAAACUGCCCUCGUCAACACUCCGAACCGGCCGCAUAGCGAUAGGCCAACCAGAGCCCAUAAACAUAUCCACGUACACAUCCUAUAUCAAACCACACCAACUAAAAUCCAAACUUACCGAAAUGUUUGCACACUCGAAUGUCCGCCCCAGCGUCAGCGGUCCGCUGCCCUCGCUAUCCGGUCAUUGUUCGAUUCUAUACUCCUGAAUGCACUUAGCUAG